AUGGCGUCUUUAUCCAAGGUUGCGUUCGUCACCUUUGGGCUCAUGAAUGGAGCAAAUGCAUGGGGUGCCCUGGGACAUGCAACAGUCGCCUAUGUUGCACAGAGUUAUGUGUCUGCCGACACGGCAACAUGGGCCCAAGGUGUCCUCGGCGACACAUCCACCUCAUAUUUGGCCAACAUAGCCUCGUGGGCUGACUCAUACCGCGCAACAAGCGCAGGCAAAUGGUCCGCCCCAUUCCACUUCAUCGACGCAGAGGACAACCCCCCAACAGACUGCAACGUGGACUAUGACCGUGACUGCGGCGACACAGGAUGCUCAAUUUCCGCUAUCGCCAAUUACACCGAGCGCGCUGGCGACGGUCGCCUCUCAUCCGAGCACAUUGAAGAGGCGCUUAAAUUUCUCGUCCACAUUAUCGGUGAUCUAACCCAGCCGCUGCACGAUGAAGCAUACGAAGUCGGUGGCAACGACAUUGCCGUUACUUUCAAUGGUUACAGUGAUAACCUCCAUGCAGAUUGGGAUACAUACAUGCCCGAGCAGUUGAUUGGUGGUUACGCGUUAACUGAUGCCCAGUCGUGGGCUAACACUUUAAUCGACGAGAUCACCUCAGGAACUUACAAAUCCGAAGCCGCAAGCUGGAUCAAGGGCGACACGAUUAGUGAUGUUGUUACGACCGCGACACGAUGGGCUUCGGAUGCCAACUCCUAUGUGUGCAGUGUUGUUAUGCCGAAUGGAGCUGCGGCGUUGCAGACGGGAGAUUUGUAUCCGACAUAUUAUAAUUCUGCGAUCGGUACUAUCGAGUUGCAGAUUGCCAAAGGAGGAUAUCGCCUUGGAAACUGGCUUAACUUGAUCUAUCAUACUACGGUCGCGAAACGUGAUGUUGAAGAUUUGGUUGAGAGGGAUGCUGCGCCGGUGGGUCGCGACUUUCUGCCGGCAUCUCGUCCGCUAAGCCGGGCUAAGAUAGCUAGAGCUGCUAUGGAGGGAUCUUGCUGUAACUCAGGGAAGCGGGACCACGCACACUGA